GUUGGCAAGAUGGCGGCGGCGGCCCUGCUGCUGAGGGGAGAGUUGGUCGCGGUCUAGAGCGGCUCCACAUCCACUCACUUCGCCGCCUCUCGCCCAGCUGCGGCCCCUCUCUUGUCCCCCUGGGAUCGAAUUACUCUCCUCCUUUCGUUUUAAAGGAAACCAUUGAUGCCAGUUCUGUUCGUGUUCGUGUUCUGAUUUGCGGGAUGUGUGUGGGCUGCUGAAGAAUCCAAGCUCCACCAUGGCUUUGAGGGAGCUGAAAGUUUGCCUGCUCGGGGAUACAGGUGUUGGCAAAUCCAGCAUCGUUUGGAGGUUUGUAGAAGAUAGUUUCGACCCGAACAUCAAUCCCACAAUAGGGGCUUCUUUUAUGACAAAAACUGUGCAGUAUCAAAAUGAGUUGCACAAGUUUCUGAUCUGGGACACAGCUGGUCAGGAACGGUUCCGUGCUUUGGCACCAAUGUACUACCGUGGGUCAGCUGCUGCAAUCAUUGUGUAUGAUAUCACAAAAGAGGAGACGUUGCAAACGCUGAAGAACUGGGUGAAAGAACUGCGACAGCAUGGACCCCCAAAUAUAGUAGUAGCAAUUGCAGGAAACAAAUGUGAUCUUACAGAUGCCAGGGAGGUACUUGAAAAGGAUGCUAAGGACUAUGCAGAUUCCAUUCAUGCAGUCUUUGUGGAAACCAGUGCCAAAAAUGCAAUUAACGUCAAUGAGCUGUUUGCAGAAAUCAGUCGCCGGAUUCCUUCAACAGCUGUCAAUCCAGGAGCAAACAAAGGAUUCAAGUUGAGGAGACCACCCACUGACACAAGUCGCAGUUGUUGUUGACCAUUCUGGAAGGUCGAACUAACUAGGCAUGCACAUACCAGAAGAUUGAGGGAUUCCAUCCCAUAUAAAAUGAUUGCUCCAGCAUUCAGCUUUUCUGCUGUGCUAUCCGUGAUGGAGGAACAAUCACUGCUCAUAACUAUGUCUCAUUCUUCCACUAAAGUGCUUUACGCGACUCCUUGGCAAGCGCCUUGUUGACGGCUUGAGUUUUCCUCCCCAAAAUGCCCAAGCAAAGACACCAUUGAACCAGGGAAUGCUUGAAUGAUGUUCAAGAGCUGUCUGAUGCAUAGGUGCAAGAGAAAACUUUAUCUUCUCCAUUCAUGUAAAUAGAUCAAACUAAUUACACAACUAAAGGGAAAAUGAUGCACUUUUUGUUUAGAUGGUUUUGUAACCAAGAAUCCGACUUCAUUGAAGAUGCACUUUGCAGCACCCUGCCCAGAUGGAAUUGUCUGAAGCGAUUUCCUCAUGAAAACAUAUCAAACUCUUUUAUUCGCGUAACCACUCCAACAAGUUUCCAACAAGAGGAGCCUGAUCCAUGUGUCUCACCAAGACAGCAGUUCAGACUACAGAUUAUGACAAUUUGACUUCCAGCUCUUGGGAUUGAAAGGAUUUGAAUACAUUCAACUCCCUCUGAAACAGUUUACCCUCUGCAAGUAGCAACACCAUGUGAGUUGGUGGUUACUGCUGUUCCUAAGUGCUUGGGCGUCAGCCAAAAUUACUAGUCUGAAGAAGGGUCUCGACCCAAAACAUCACCUAUUUCUUUUCUCCAGAGAUGCUGUCUGACCCGCUGAAUUACUCCAGCUUCAGCCAAAAUUACUACUUCUGUUAUGUGGAGAAAAGUUGAGAAUGGCUUUUGCUCCACUCGUGGCUGAUACAAUAAGUGUACCAUGGCUACUGCCAGGUUUGAUCGCCUAUCUAUACCUUUACUUGCUUUGAGCUAGGUAAGGGAUUUUAUAGUUGAUGAGGAAGUAGAAAAGAAUCUACCAUCCAUGUUCCCAAUUAUUAUCUUUGAUUGCCUGCGGAGAAUGCAUGCAUGUGUGUGAUGGGUGAGAACGUGCUGAUCGCUGCCUAUGGUCAAAUGACCCCCCCCCCCCCAAAGCCUUACGCAUGAACGAUGGCUAGUUGGUUUCAUAACAUUGUUCCCAAGUGAGAGAUAACACGUUCAGAAGGAUCAGGUGGCACAGUUGGCAACAAUUAUCUAUGUAUAUAGAAGUAACCUAUGUCCAUGGAAUUAUUUUUAAUUCUUCAGUUCAAUUACAUAGAUUCAAAUAUAUUUUAAACCCAAGGCUGCAUAGUGAGGACGGGAGUGAAUGUUUGUGCAGCUUCUAAAAGCAAUUCCCUCAAUUACUUGUAUUCUUCAGUUGGAUGAAGUAAAUGGUGUGCUUUGUUUCUGCUGUCCAGCCUGGGUAUUAGUGUGUCUGCAGACCACAUUUAAGCUAAUGUUAUGGGAGCUUUAACAAGUAUAAAUUAGAGCACUAGUACCGUAAAUUUUAAAGGAAGAGCGAUAUUAACACUAGCUUCCUUGGUCAUCCUGAUUUCACCACUUAAAGAUUAAGCUAUUUGAUGGCCGGACCUUGUUGGUCUUCACACUUAAUGUGGAUGCUCAAGGAACUGCAGAUGCUGGAAUCUUGAGCAAAACGAGAAAAAACGUUGCAGCAUCAAUGGAGGGAAUAUACAGACGAUGUUUGAGGUUAAAACGCUUCUUCCGACUCAUCUUGGAAAGAAGGGUUCCAACCUGAAAUAUCGUGUCUAGUCCCUCCAGGGUGCUGCCCUAAUCCACUGAGUUUCUCCAGCACUUUUUUUCCCAACUAAUGGUCUCCUUUUAAUAUCAGCAAAGCAAUUUGAGUUUUGUGGAUCAAUCCAAAUCAGUCUUGAAUAAAUUGAAUGAAUGCUUCUCGGGUUGGGCUCUUCAGAAGAGCUUCUCAGCACCAUUUAACUGGAGUUGACCAUAGGCCAACUACUCAGGCGAUGGAGCUUUUCUGAGAGUUAAUCACAGAAUAUUCUUUCCAUUGCCUAGCAUUUUGGCUUCCUCCACCAGAGAUAUUGUCUUUAGACUAUAUGUGGUUUGUAUGAAAUUUCCAGGCCUCGUUUAUGUGAUUUCAGUCAUGUAGAAGACAAACACAAAAGAGUCAAAAUGGUUGGGAAGUGUGCUAUUGCAUUAAUAAUUUUGAUGUCCUGUUAGCUCAAGUAGAGAUAUGUUAGUCUAAUGGAAAUUAGCCCAGCCUGACCGAACGUUAUCUUUUAAAUGUGGAUCUUUUUUCUUUUGACAAACUUUAUUUGUAUGCCAUACAGUAAACUAAUGUUUGUUAGAAGUUCGCAGUAGGGAUUGUCAUGCGCAGGGGAAGAUGGACAGCAAUACAAAAUGGAGUAGGUGAGGUCAGGUAUGCUGCCAUGUGUUUUUUAUCUUCUGAAUUUUGCCGAGAAUAAGAAAAUUAGGGUAAAGGUUAUGGCACACAGCUCCAGUUCUCUGUCUUGUGGUCAUACUUCUGCAUUCAUGCAAAUGGCCCCUGUUGGCAAGGUUUCUUCAGUCCUGUUUCUGCUAAAGUCCAUUGUAACAAGUUGUUUGGAUGGCAAUUCAGGUACAUACUUUCCAGUACAUCUCUGUUAUUUGUAUGCGGUCUGAGUUUGUAUCUCAAGCCGGCUUUAGAAAUAAGGAUUUUCUAGUGGCUUUAAAGAUCUUGGGAUGCCCUAAAGAGAUUUACAACCAGUAAAGUGUAAAUUGUUGAUCAUGUGGCAGCCAAUUUGCAAUAAUCUACUGCAAGAAAAUUAAGUGAUUUGUGAUAUACAUUGAGGGAUAACUAUUGGCCAAGAUUUUUAAAUUUCCACCCAUCCCUUCUCUCCAAUAAUUAUUUAUUAGAAUAAUGCCAAUGACUUCUUUAAUCUGAAGAAUACUACCAGCACUUUCUCAGUACCACAUUGAAAUUUCAGCCUGUAUCUGCAACUAUCUUCCUUAGUGUGAAGUAUAGUACUAAUGGUUGUAGUAUUUUCCCAUUGUUACUCCAUAUCAUACUUGGUUAAAUGCCAUCUUGAUGUCAAUGGCAGUCGCUCUACCUUGGUUGUGAGAUCUCGAGCUGAGUGAUCCUGGUGAUAAUCAGACGCUACAUUGCCAAGAACAGUUUCAGCACUUUGAGAAUAGACCAGUGAGGUGACAGGCAGUUGGAUUUGAUUUGUUUUGCUUCCGACCUGGAUAAUUUUCUACGUUAUAUAGUAAAUGUCAUUUCUCACCGCAAUGGAAAAGCUUGUCGAGGGCCACAGUUAGAUUUGGAGUGCAGGUCUUUACUACAACUGGAAAGUUGACUGGGUCUGGAGCCUUUGUCAGGCAGUGUCAGCUCUUUGAAUCUUGUGGAUAAUAUUGAUAAUAUGCAGGUCUAAUUUUAAUUGAUUUGUUUCCUCGUGAGAGAAUAACAGGAGCAGAUGACAGGUUUUGAGGGCCACAUUCUUCCCACUUCAUCUUCUUUUCUUCCAAUCCCUACCACCCAGAGAAAACAAACCUGCUCCGUGUGCUUGACAGCCUAUCUUUUACUUGUCUUAAAUUGUACUUUUAUUUAUAUACCUUUAAGUUUGAAACACAAUUAUGAAGAUGAGGUCUGUUUCUCUCUCUGUUGGUUGACUUUUUUCAUCAGGAAGUGAAGGUUGUCCUUCACUUCCAUUCUUGAACACCACUUGCAUUUUGGCGUGACUAGUGCAGAGAUUUUCAUGUAAAAGAAAUAAAACAUCCUCAUGGUGUAUGAGCUUUUGGAGCAUUUUUUUCACAGUUGGACCCACUAAGCCAAUUUUCAGCCCAAAAUCACAUUUUAAAUUGGCUAUCCUGUGUUGUAUAAUUCUGAAUUUCAAUUGGUUCUUCCUGAUUGUCAUUUGAAAGAUGGGACGAGCUUUCUACUUCAGCUGCAAAAGAUAGAUAAUCUAGACAUGCUAGAGGGUGCUGUUUCAGUAAAUGUUUUUCUCCAAAUUGUUCUCAGAAUAUUCAAGUGAAUUUUGGGUGCACAAUAGUAAAUUGUUCUUCUUGGUUUUGUCGAUUGAAUUAAAAUUUUU